GGGACAUUGUCCGUCGCUGCUGUGACCGACCACACCCGCCACUUUAAUUGAGCGCCUAGCUCGCACGUGGCAUGCGAGGGUCUCGGAUGUUCCAGUCCAGCGGAUGGCACUUGCGUCGUCCACGAGGUCUCGAGCUCUCUCUUAACCUCCGUCCAGAUAGGAGAACGCGUACUGCUCACCGUAUAAAUCGCCACAUCCUCCCACCGCGCCGUCUCCCCACUGCCAUGGCUGUUGUUGCGACCUACGAAGCGUCCACCUCCAGCGUCCUGCUGCACCAGCCAGACUUCACCAUCAUUUCGACCAGUCGCUCGAGCACGUUCCACUCGCCCCUCGCCGCCCUCCGCAACCGCUCUCGGCCCAUCCCAAACUCCUACUGGGCGACCCCCUAUCUCGUCGCGUGCGAGUUCCCCUAUUGCCCACUGACGCCCGCCCAAGUCGAGCGCCGCCAGACCAAGCAGAAGCUCGACGCGCUCCUCCUCGCCGGCGUGCGCACCUUCAUCGACCUCACCGAGCCGCACGAGCUCUUCCCCUACACCCCGCACCUCGCCUCCCGCUGCACCAUGCUCGGCAUCGACCCCGCCGACGUCGAGUACCACAACUUUCCGAUCCGCGACCGCGGCCUGCCCGAGAGCGUCGAGUUCGUGCGGCGCAUCAUGCAUAUCCUCCGCGACAACGAGCGCCGCCAGCGCACCGCUGCCGUGCACUGCCGCGGCGGCAUCGGGCGCACCGGCAUGGUCGUCGGCUGCUGGCUCAUCGAGUCGGGCAUCGCGAGGGACGGCGCGGACGCGCUUCGCAUGAUCGCAGAGGAGUGGAAGGGCGUCGAGAAGUGCAAGCGGUUCCCGUGCAGCCCCGAGACCGGCCCCCAGUUCGAGUUUGUGCGCUCCUGGCAGCGCGCGGGCUCGCCGCAGUUGCAGAGCGCAGGCACGCUCUUGAAGAACGGCGUGCAGAUCAACGUGCAAUAACCCGUCCGUUCCCGCUCAUAUAUAUAUAACGACUCGGUCAGUGGUCCCUCCCGUCGAUCCGAGAAUGCUCCCUCCCGUCGAUCCGAGAAUGCCUUACUCAUCCCGCUCGUCUAUUCAGUUAUGACCACCCGCAUACAUCUGGAUCCCACAUCGUUUAUAUCCGCCACCUUUCACGUGUAUAUCUACCCUAACUUAUUGCGCGCUCUAACUGUUUCUAUCUUGGCCUCGGGCUCGGACGUUACCAGACCAUCAUAAUA